AUGAGGGUGUGUGUGGUCGGAGCUGGAGUUUCUGGCCUCCCAUCCAUAAAAGCAUGCAAAGAACAAGGUUUGGACGUGGUAUGCUAUGAGAAAACAUCGGAUCUCGGUGGACUAUGGAACUAUCGACCUAAUCAGAAAGAUACGAUAGGAAAGACUCUGUCAUAUUCCGGUCAUUUUCAGAUUGGAGGCACCGUAAUGGCCAGUACUGUAGUGAACACGUCUAAAGAAAUUAUGGCAUAUUCAGACUUUCCUCCACCAGAAGAAUGGCCAAAUUUCAUGCAUCACUCUAAGGUGAAUGAAUACCUGCACUUGUAUGCGGACCACUUCGAUUUAAAACGACACAUCCGAUUCAACACAUCAGUGAAGCACAUAUCGGAGGAAGGUGAUGGAUUCAAAGUAGAGCUUGAAAACGGCGAAGUAAAUCAUUUUGAUAAAGUACUUUUGUGCACAGGACAUCAUGCCGAACCGAAACAUCCACAACUCAGAGAUGUCGAAAAAUUCAAAGGAAAAAUUAUGCACGCCUACGAUUACAGAGAUUCAAAAGGGUUCGAGAAUAAGAAUGUUUUUCUGCUUGGAAUUGGAAAUUCAGCUCUCGACAUAGCUGUAGACCUUGCAAAAAUAGCUAAAUCUGUGAGUUUUUCUCAAAACCCCUUUUGA